UCAUCUACAGAAGGCUGGCCAGCUUGGGAAACACAUGAAAUGUGGAAACACAAGCGAAAAUUGGAAGUCAGGGACCGGUGAUACUGAACGUUGAACGUUGAACACCGAUCUGACAUUGAAAAUCUCUCGGGAAGUCAAAGUUGUCAGGGUUGCCAAGAAAAUUCUGUCCCAGUGUCGCGUUGAUACAUUUUGAAUCUUCAUGUCUUGCAGGAUGGAAGGCACCUGUAUCACGCACAACAUUCAGUCGAACCAUGAGCUUCAUACUGACGUCGUCGAUGUGUGGAACUUCCAUGACCCUCAUCGUUACUUGCUCAGCCUAGAGUUCAGGGAAUUGAUGAUAAAAAUGGUCGAAGUUGGAUCUACAAAAGGAUAUCAACGCUUCUCUCUCGGCCACUCGGUGCUUCAGUGCUUCAUGUCCUACAUCGUCGACUUAACACUUGUGUUGCAGACGCUUUAUCUCGUGUCAGAAAGCCAUGAAGUCACUCGUAGGGCCAUCAACUUGCUCGCAGUCAAAUCCUAUAUCGCCUCCCCAAUGGGGGAAGAAGUUCGUAUUCGGAUUCAGGACCACGAUAGGCAAUUGACCAUCCUGGAACGCGUGGAUCGCAAUACCUUGAACAAACUCGCUGAGGUGAUGGAAUUUUAUAGCAUUGAUGCAGCACAAGUGUCCGAACUUCGGGAAAAGAUUCCCCCUAUGGAUUUAUUAUCGGACGAACCAUGAUCUCAUGCCCUUCUCUUCUUCCUAGCAUUUGUGGCUCACGUUACAAAGAGGGUAUAUUACUAGCUUGUUCGCUGCACG